AUGUCUGAUACAGGCGCACCCGAUGCUGGCUCCGACGCCGCUGCCCUCGCCCGCAAGGAGCAGCUCACUCAGGACCUUGCUCGAGCAAAAGACGCCGGCUGGAACAACCCGAUCCCUUUCAAGUACGAGACUGUUGUCGGUGGUCAGCCUGCCGAAGAUGAAACUCGCGACAGCGCCGCUUGGUUGUCUGAGGCAGUCAUCUACCAGUGGGACGACGAAUUUGGUGAUGUUGGUGAGCCCAACCCUGAGCUCGAGCGGAUGCUUUUCGAGGGCGACCAUCUCCUUCGAGUUGGUGGCCAUAUCAAGGCGCUCUCCUUCGAUGUGAACGUCGAUGGCCCUGUCAAUGUGAAGCCAGUCCGCAGUUUCGAGGAUGCUGGCCUACACCCAAUCAUGCUCGCGAACGUCAAGCUGUGCCAGUACAACGCUCCGACGCCUAUCCAGUCUUACUGCAUUCCCGCUGUUCUAACCGGAAACGACGUUGUCGCCAUCGCCCAGACCGGCUCCGGCAAGACGGCUGCCUUCCUGCUCCCGAUCUUGUCCAAGCUCAUGGGCAAAGCGCGUCAGCUGGCUGCUCCGCGUCCUAACCCCGCCCGUUACAACCCUGCUACUGACCGCGUUCGCGCUGAGCCUCUUGUGCUCGUCGUCUGCCCAACCCGCGAGUUGGCCUGUCAGAUAUUUGAUGAAGCCCGCCGUCUGUGCUACCGAACCAUGCUGCGUCCUUGUGUCGUGUACGGUGGCGCUCCUACCAGGAACCAGCGUGAGCAACUUGAGAUGGGCUGCGAUAUUCUCAUCGCCACUCCUGGCCGUCUGAUGGACUUCAUGCAGAACCCGAGUCUGCUCUCCUUUAGGCGCCUCAAGUUCACCGUGAUCGAUGAGGCUGAUGAGCUGCUCUCCAGCGGCUGGGAGGAGGCUAUGGAGAAGCUGUUCCAGGGUGCUGACAUGAACGGAGAUGCCGACCAUACCUAUCUCAUGUUCUCCGCAACCUUCCCCAAGUCUGCCCGUAGGCUUGCCAAGGAGUACAUGGACACUGACUAUGUCCGCAUCAAGGUGGGUAGGGUUGGCAGCACGCAUGAGAACAUCAAGCAGCAGAUCGUUUACGUCAACGAGAAUGAGAAGAACCAGGCACUAUUCGAUCUCAUCUUCUCAGACGGCCCGCAGCGCACCUUGGUCUUCACCAACUCGAAGAUCAAGUGCGACAUGGUGGACGACUUCUUGUACAACAAGGGCUUGCCUGUGACUUCCAUUCAUUCGGACCGUACUCAGCGUGAGCGUGAGGAUGCACUGCGCUCGUUCCGCACGGGUCGAAGCCCCAUCAUGGUCGCUACCGGCGUCACUGCUCGUGGACUUGAUGUCGCCAAUGUCAAGCAUGUCAUCAACUACGAUUUGCCAUCAACUCAGCACGACGGUAUCACCGAGUACGUUCAUCGCAUUGGCCGUACUGCGCGCAUUGGCAAUGAAGGCAAGGCUACGUCUUUCUUCAAUGAUCGCAACGAGGAUAUUGGCGAGGACCUUGUGAAGCUUCUCCUCGAGUCCAAGCAGGAGAUCCCCGACUUUCUCGAGCAGCAUGCGCCCGAAGACCGCACUACGAUCGAUUGGCACGAUGGCACUGAUGAUGAGUCCGAUGACGGUCUUGGCGGCGGCUUUGGCGGAGAUGCUGGUGGCUUCAAUGCUGAAGCUAGCUUCGGCGGUGACAGCGGAUUUAGCGUAGAUAGCGGUGAACCGGUCGGCAACGAUGUCAGUUAUGGUGGAGGCUUCGCUGCCGAUGCCAGCAGCAACAACGACAAGGUCGCUUCUUGGUGCUGGUUCUGUAACGGGACCGAAUUCUUGGCGUGUAAAGCUCAAAUGUUCCACAUUCAGUGGAGAACAGCAUUAAUACAACUACCUCGCUUUGUCCCAUUGUCGAUCCUCCAUGUCACAUCGCCCAAGGGGCCACACCCAUUCCUGAUAUCCCUGCCGAGCAGGAAGCAUCAUAUCAUCCAUGUGUACGUCUUCGUACCACCGAAUCCAGUCGAUGUCGAGGACAAUGUGGACGCGCAGCAGGCGCGCGAGAGGACAGGAGAAUGGAAAGUGCCAGUCGUGCUGGACUUUCACGGCGGCGGAUUCAUAAUGGGCUCUCCGCUAGAGCAGGCACCAUACGCUUCGAUGAUGUCGCGUGAGCUAGGAGCGGUGGUGAUCAGCGUCUCGUAUCGCAUUGGACCGUUCCAUCAAUUUCCCGCGGCGAUACACGAUGCGGAGGAUGUUCUGUCAGCUAUUCUGGAUACGGAUGGCAUUUCAAAAGCUGGAAACGUACUCCGAACCGAGAUACAGCGGUACUACGACAUGGUACGGUCGACCGUUCUCGAGAAGAAGAUGCAAGCAGCUCCGCAUAUGGAGCACGUCAAGACUAUCACUCUUGAUCCUACUCAUCUCGCGAUCUCGGGCUUUUCAGCGGGAGGUAAUAUCGCUCUGAAUAUGGCCAUCUCGGUCCCACCAUGCCCAGAUUUGUCACUGUCAAUGUCGCCUACCUUCCGUCGUUCUCGCUCCAUUUCACGAGGCCCAAACCCUUCCGACACCAUUUCGCCUCUCCUCCCACACAACCGCACCGCGACAAUACUCGACGAUGUGAACCAGCCAUGGCCAUCGCUCCUUCCUCCUCCACAAGCGCGCCCUGGAAUGGUUCCUCUCCUCCUCUUCUACCCUUCGCUAGACGCAAGACUGUUACCGCAUGAACGUCCGAUGAAGCAAUUGCCCAAUGCCCUAAAUCCUGACGACAAGACGCCACAAAAGCCACGGAUGCCUGGCCUUUUCUCGAUCAUGGGACCGACUUACCUGCCUAAAAAGCUACGCCCUCAUCCUAGAGCUAGUCCUGGCUUGGUUGACCCAAGCAACGUGCAGAAGAACGCCGCGGUCCUCCUCGUCCUACCAGAGAAAGACACCCUGGCAGUACAAAGCGAUGUAUGGGUCGAUAUAAUGAAUGAACAUGAUUGGAACGGCCCUGUGCACUUUGGCGAUGGCAGAGAAGGAGACUGGGAUGGUCAUCAGGGUGGUUCCGCAAGCUCUAAAAAGCCCAGCAGAGAGAAUGGCGGUCUCGAAGUUUGGCAUGCGCCGAAUUGCAGGCACGGCUGGACGCAGUUUCCGGAUACAUUUGUGCCUAAGCAUGAGAGGCGGGAGAGGGAGCUGGUGUUUGCCAGGACAUUGGACUUUGUGAAGGAUAAUUGGAAGAAGGAAUUGCCGAUACCCGCGGGCCGGCAGGGGAACAAGAUUCAGGAGUUGAGGCCGUUGCAUAUACCCAGUAAAUUUAACGGCCUUGCCGAGUGA